AUGAAUAUGAACAUUCCUAUCCCUGAAAAGAUUCAAGACUGUAAAGCUGGAUUCCCAUUUAUCAGAAAUCUAGAAAUCAUCAACAAACAAGUUCGAUGGUCGGAACAAGUUUCUACUACUACUACUACUACUACUACUACUACUACUACUACUACUACUACUACUACUACUACUACUACUACUACUACUACUACUACUACUACUACUACUACUACUACUACUACUACUACUACUACUACUACUACUACUACUACUACUACUACUACUACUACUACUACUACUACUACUACUACUACUACUACUACUACUACUACUACUACUACUACUACUACUACUACUACUACUACUACUACUACUACUACUACUACUACUACUACUACUACUACUACUACUACUACUACUACUACUACUACUACUACUACUACUACUACUACUACUACUACUACUACUACUACUACUACUACUACUACUACUACUACUACUACUACUACUGCUUACAUUGCUACUACUCCUGAAGAUUCACAUCACAAUUAA